ACAACUUGGCGAGUGAAUUUGUGGGAAAAAAGGAGUUUUUUAAACCAAUCACAAUCGAGUAAAUUGUAGUUUUUAUGAUUAACAUGUAUAUUUGGCACAGAGUGCAGUUUUUAAGUUACCCUCUGUAGCUGACAGGUGCCUGUGGUCUAUUUGAGUUUUGACAUCCUGUGACAGUAUGUGCUGACGUGAAAAAGCAGAUUAUAAUUCGAGGCUUGCAUGAAAGUCUGACCAAAAAUCGCUAUAAUUCCAGAUCUUCCUUUGGUAACCUUACAAACGCUGUACCAUCUAGCUGAAUUCAAAAAACUUACGACAGGAACAUUUGAUUACUUCCCUGAGAUGUUAAUUGUUAGAUGGGGCUGGUAUCUUGUAGUGCAUAGACUAUAUUCCAUUCUACAUAAGAUAGUAAACAUUGGUUUGUUCGCCACAAAUUGCGUUAUAACUGUCUGGCCCCGAUGUCGAGGAGCACUCGCGCAAAGUUUCUUUGCCGAAGAAGGAAUCUUCUUCAUCUGUUCGUAUUAUUUUCUGCCGGGGUGUUUUUAUUUCAUCUGUAUUUCAAUCUUUGUGUAGUCCCAGUGAUUCCCAACCGAGAGCCUUGUAAUAUGGCGAAAUUUUUCUGUCAUGUUGAUAAAGAAACAUCAAAAACGCAAAAGGACGGAGUCUACGGCCCACAAGUGGACUUUGGUGAAUUUAGUGAUAUCGGCAAAGAGAGAAGAAGUCAUGGAAAGAAUUUUCCAUGCCGAAAGACGGAAGAAGAAUCAAGAUUUCGCGAGGUUAAAAGGGGAAUAAUUGCUUAUUCAGCUUGGUUUGAUAAGAGAAAAUCUCAGGAGUAUGUGCGGAUUUUGUUAUUGACUUCAACAACAGAGCCUCUUCCAAUACUUUUCUGUCGUUUUGACAGCGAAUUGAAACGAUCUUUCACCAGUACUGUCUCUUAUUAUCAACACAACGAAAACCAUUACAUGCCGUUUGGAUGCUUCAUAGCUUCUUGUGCUGUUCCACCCGAAUUGGACCAUAUACCAUGUUCUAUAAUUGUCUCUACGAAUGAAAAGUCAACUUCUAAAACACAAAAUGAAAGCAGCUCACUUGUUUUGCCCAUAAAUUUUAUCGACCGAAAAAUCGAGGUUGGCCACAGGCAAUACGGUAUUUGUAUACCUCCUCUUCAUGGUGAGAUAUCGGUGGACAGGUUGAUAGAGUUUUUGGAACUCUCACAAAUUUUAGGAGCUUCACAUUUUACUUUUUAUAACUUGGACAUGUCUGACGACGUACAAAACGUUUUGGAUUAUUAUGAAGAAAAGGGAUUAGCGCGCGUUCUUCUUUGGAAUUUACCUUCGUACAUUAGCGAGAAUGAUAUUCAUUAUUAUGGGCAAACUUUGUCGAUUAUGGACUGCUUAUUCCGGUCUAUGACUCAUCUUGACUACGUGGCUUUUAAUGACCUAGACGAGUUUAUUGUACCGCUUUAUCAUGACAACAUAAGCGUUUUACUAAAGGAAAUUCACCGCAAGGAACAUUGCGGGCACUGUUUUCAGAGCGCGAUAUUUGAUCCCUCUUGGGAAGAUCUGCAAAUGUCGCGUUUAAUAACCCAACGAGUUUUUCGUCGCACGAAAGAGGCUACGCCAUUUUGGACUAAAUGUAUUGUCGAUCCGCGUAGAAUUUUUGAGGUGGGGAUACAUCACAUUAGCAAACCAAUUGACGAUAAUUUUAUCGUUGAUCAAGUUGACUGGGGUGUUGCGCGGGUUUUUCAUUACAGAGAAUGCGACGAUUCAGAAGCGUUAAUGCAGCCAGACUGUUCUGGAAACACUGAAGAAGAUAGAACUAUGCAGAAAUAUGAGGAACAGCUGCAGAUUAAUUUUGAAUUGAAUGCCAUGGCCAUAGUAGAUUUUGCCGAGACAAACUACGAAAGUGUUUGAUAUGCAAAUCGACAAACAAUCCUUUCAUAAUAAGUCCGUUGCGGAAAAAUACUUCAAGUAAAAUGUUUAUUGUUGAGCACUCUGACAAAAGCCCAGUGUAUAAUGACUUCUGGAGGGUUUUUUGUAAAUUUCUACCAAUCACAAGCAAGAUUCACAAGCCUUUAGGUCACUAAUGGCCCCAACACGAGCUGCUUUUUGGCGGUCUCGUGCGAUAAAAACAUCAUUAUAUCUGAUAUAUCCGGCUGAGAAUAUUUUAAAGGAAAAAACAAAGAGAGUAAACUAAUUGAAUUCAUUGAAAUUUAGAUAAACGAAAGCCAAACUAAUGUCAGCGACUCUUGGUUAUUAUAGAUAGAUAACGGUCGAGUCAACGAAUUCCAAUUUCGUGAUUGUUUGAUGUCAGGGUUGUUGGUUGUCUCUUGACUGGAAACUAAUUUACUGUUGAGGUAAUUUUGGAAAUGAAACUGAAUCUUUAUAGUGCAUAAAUUUUAUAAUAAGAGUGCG